AUGCCCCGGAGAAGCCACGCGCUGUGGCUGGGGGCCCUGUGGUCGCCAGGGCCGGCUGCAGCAGUCUGGCCUUUUGAUGCUGCGGCGUCGGCGACCAGCGAGAAGGCGCCCGAACUGCCUCAUGGUGCACAUCUGGCCUUUGCUGGGUCGCCGGUCAUUGUGGUCGAACGACACAUGGGCCACAACCCUUGGGAGGACCUCCACAAGAACAUGGAGAGGAUGCUUCAACAGCAGGUCGCGGGCGGCUCUGUAGGGAGUCAGGCGCUGAUGCCGCGCCCCAUGCAGAUGCAGAUGCAGCUGGGUGGCCUGCUGGACAUGUUCGGCGACCACCAUGCAGGACACGUCGGCCUGGCACAGGGCAGCUUCCAGGUGCACGAUGACCACGAGACUCAGAUCGUGAUCUCUGCCGUCCUCCCUGGCUACGAGUUCGGUGCCGCGAGCGCGUCCAGCGAGAAGCCGCUGUCCGUGCGAGCCAUCCGCGGCAGGUCCCUGGUGAUCAGCGGCCGCCACCGGCAAGGGCCCCUCAUCAGCUCCUGGCAGCGCGUCUUCUCGCUGCCGAAGGGCUCCGACGUGGGCCACGUGUCUGUCACGUACAACUCCGGAACCGGCAAUCUGACUGUGACCGUCCCACGUACCAAUGCAACAGUGGCAGAGGAGUCGGAAGGUCCGGAGGAGAAUGCCGGGAUGGAUGACAUGCUGCCCCCAGCGCUUCAGGCGUUGCGGAGCGGGGUGCCGUUGCUCGUCGGGAACAUGGGCGCCCUCCAGGCGGGGCGGCGGGGCGAAGCUGUUGGGACCACGUCCAAGAGCGUUCUUGCCGACGGGUCGAUACAUGGCGACGUUGCAACGGCCAUCGGCCAGCAGGUGGAGCAGAUGAUUCUGCAAGCCAAAAAAGACUCCGAAGCCCGGGUCAGGCACGAGCUCAACGUCGCCAGAAGCCAGUUGACACAGAUGGAGUCACACAUCACCGAGCUGUCGGAGCGCGUCACCCGCUGCGUCCGACUGAAUUCGGGAGGCACUGCCACGGGAGUGGAUCCGGCAAUGACUGUGGACCGUGCCUUUUUGAGUCAGAAGAUCAAGCAGCUGGAGCAGAAGUGGGGAUCCGAGGUAAAGGCCCUGAAGCAGGACCUUCAUCGAACUAUCCUCGCUCACAACCACAACUCGGACCUCAUGCGUCAUCACCGAGACGCUUUGGACGAGGCACGCCGAAAGUUGGACAGCCAGCCGGCCCCAAAGGCCGACCAGGUUGAUGCACAGAUCGACAAAGUGGACCGAAUGCUGCGUGCCGGCGCCGCCAAGCAGCGGGCACUGGAUGCCUUGACGGAGCGACUCACUCAGCUGGAGACGCAGGCGGCGCAGAUGUUCCCGGCGGCGCCUGGCUUUGGCACAACCGCGGUGCCACCAGGCCUGUCGGCAGCACCCGCUGCUGCGGUCCCGAAAAAGCCCGGAAAGAAGGAUGGAGACCUGCCGAGCGAGCUGGAAGUCCGCGCGCACUUGGAGAAGGCUGCCCUUGGACAAGGCAGCAGCUUCAAUGCGGAGGCGCCAGUCUUCAUUCCGCGUGGAGCCGUGGAUGUGGAGGCCCCGAAGGCCGCUUCGGUCCCGAAAGCGGAUGCAGGCGCUCCGAUCACCCUCCCUGUGCCAGCGGGAAGCUUGGAGGUGCUCCCAGAUGCAGGCGAGAAGGAUGCGGCCUUGAUCCUAGGCGAAGCAGCUUCGGUAGAAGACCCAGCGGAGGUCGAGGAAGCCCCCGCAGCAGAAGCCGAGGAGGCUGCAGCUCCGGCGACAGUGGCAGCGUGA